AUUCGCGUUAAUUUAAACUACGUUCUUGUUUCUUCGCGAAACAAAAAACCAAACACGAUGAACAAAUAAAAAUGUCGAGAAUAAGGUUUGGAGAAUCAUUGUGAGCAUUUUGGUUUACAAAAACAAUCAUCAAUCAUGGGAAGCGAUAGAAAAUCGAAACGAGCUUCACCCUCCCAACGUGAAGAUGAGAAGAGAAGCAAGAGGCAGAGAACGGUAGAGGAUGAGGAAAGGAAGAAGCGGAAAAGGGAAAAGAAGGAGAAAAGGAAGGACAAGAAAUCUCACCAGCAUUCCAAAGAAAAUAAUUCUGAUAAGGGGAAGUUGAAAGAUAAGCACAGAAGCAAACAUAGCAAAGGUGAUGACCAUAUGGAAUUCCAAGAAUUGUCAAAUGAUGACUAUUUUGCGAAGAACAAUGAGUUUGCUACCUGGCUAAAAGAAGAGAAGAAUGUGUUUUUCUCUGAUCUUUUGGCUGAGUCAGCGCGCGUGUUGUUUUCUGAUUUCGUCAAAGCCUGGAACAAAGGAAAGCUUGAUUCAAAUUACUAUGAAGGCAUUGCAACUGGACCUCGCACAUCCCAUAACUGGAAUAUCAAGAAGUAGCUUUAGACAUAAGAGCGCUCAUCUUGAUCCGAUCUCUAUAGAGCUUUUGAUUAGCCUUGCUUUCUAACCACAAGCUUGAAACAGUAAGUAUAGAUGUUUUUUUUCUUGUUUUUUUUAUCUGUGUAAAUGACAAUCUGCAUCAAAUUUCAAGAAUUAGUUGUUUGAGGUGCUAUAUGGAAAAAUGAUACUAGAACAGAGAACAGGUGAGUUAAAACAAAAAUCUUAGGGGAUUAGUUUACUCAAUGUGACUGAUUCUGGAUGAUGGAUAAAAGUAGGGCUGUUUUUACUAAUUACUGAAAGAUUUAUACCAGCUCAUCUAUGAACCUGUUGUGUAUCAUUGUAACGAGGGUACAAUUUUUUCCUAUAAUCUCUUUUUCCCAACUA